CCCAUCUUACGUCAUUGGAGACAGUCACGAUUCAACAAACACUCAGCCUUCUUUUCAGCCUUCUCGAGCUCUUGAUUCACCCUAUUUUUUUAGACCAUGGAGCCAACACUGCCUCGCGUUGCCAUCACGUACUGCACGCAGUGCAAGUGGAUGUUGCGCGCUGCGUACUUCGCACAGGAGCUUCUCUCCACCUUCGGCACAACCAUCGGCGAGAUCGCCCUGAUUCCGGCCACCGGGGGAAUCUUCACCGUGAGCCUGACGUACAAGCGUGAGGGCUCGGCCGAGGGGCCCAAGGACGAAGCACAAGCUACGACGGUGCUGCUCUGGGAUCGGAAGGAAGAGGGCGGAUUCCCAGAAACGAAAAUUCUGAAGCAGCGCGUACGCGACCAUCUCGACCCGAAGCGAAGCCUGGGGCAUUCGGACACUCCAGCAAAGUCGUCGAAACAAGCGGCAGGGACCGUGGCUACCGAGGAGAAAGCUGCAGGCCUUGAGAAGAACAGCAGGGUGGAAGCGGGGGUGGUGCUGCGCGCCGACGGGACAGUGUGCGAAGAUUGCAACCCGUAGAGCUGCAGCUAGAUCAAUGCAGA